GGUUCCAACUCUCAGAACAAAAUGAGAGGACCAACCUUCGUGAUCUUGUGCAUAGCACUUCAGUACGUGUCUGCUGAUACUUUCGACGAUGAGUUGAUAAGUAUUCUAUCAGAUGGAAAUGCAUAUCAAGAAACAAAUUUAACAACAAGUGAUGAAUUUGAUGUGGAUCAAACUGGAAAUGUAAUCGAACGAUCGACAAUACGAAAAGAAUUUGAUCAAGCCGGAGACACAGGCGGCGAUAUAGUCGGUGACGAUGUCAAUGUAAAAACCAUCGUUAUAAAGACUGACGCUUUUGGACACAAAAGAAUAUACGAAGAAGAUGUCAGUAUCCAUAAAGUGCCCGGAGUGUCGAGUCAUAACAAAGCUUCGGCAACUUCAGGUGCAGCAGCAUCAAGCGCUGCUAGUUCCGGUCCUAAUGGAGGAAAUGCUGGCCCAGGUUAUGGCCCUGGUGCUGGUCCCUACGGACCUUACGGUAAACAAGGCCCGAAUGCCGUCAUCAUUAACAAUAAAGCACCCUCGUCUGGUCCCGGACCUUCUGGUCCUUCUGGUCCAAAUAGAGGAAAUGCUGGCCCUGGUAAUGGACCUAGUGCUGGUCCCUACGGACCUUACGGUAAUCAAGGCCCGAAUGCCGUCAUCAUUAACAAUAAUGCACCUUCAUCUGGUCCGUCACCUUCUGGUCCUUCUGGUCCAAAUGGAGGAAAUGCUGGCCCAGGUUAUGGCCCUGGUGCUGGUCCCUACGGACCUUACGGUAAACAAGGCCCGAAUGCCGUCAUCAUUAACAAUAAUGCACCUUCAUCUGGUCCGUCACCUUCUGGUCCUUCUGGUCCAAAUGGAGGAAAUGCUGGCCCAGGUAAUGGCCCUGUUACUGGCCCCUACGGACCUUACGGUAAUCAAGGCCCGAAUGCCGUCAUCAUUAACAACAAAUCACCUUCAUCUGGUCCGUCAGCUUCCGCUUCAGCCUCAGCUGCAGCCGCUUCUGGACCACAAGGCCAAAAUAACGGUCCUCUUGGAAACGGACCUGGUUAUGGCGCAGGACAAGGUGGAGUUACUGUCAUCAACGACAACGGAUCUGGUUCAGGUUCUUCAAGCGCAAGCGCAGCAAGCGCUGCAGCUUCUGGUCCUAAUGGAGGAAAUGCUGGCCCAGGUUAUGGUCCUGGUGCAGGUGCUGCAGCAGCCGCUAGUGCAAGUGCAGGACCAGCUGGUGCCUACGGACCUGGAAAUGGUUUAUACGGACCUGGCUACGGCGCAGGGCAAGGAGUUACUGUAAUCAACGACAACGGAUCUGGUUCAGGUUCUUCAAGCGCAAGCGCAGCAAGCGCUGCAGCUUCUGGUCCUAACGGAGGAAAUGCUGGCCCAGGUUAUGGCCCUGGUGCUGGUCCCUACGGACCUUACGGUAAACAAGGCCCGAAUGCCGUCAUCAUUAACAAUAAAGCACCUUCAUCUGGUCCGUCACCUUCUGGUCCUUCUGGUCCAAAUGGAGGAAAUGCUGGCCCAGGUAAUGGCCCUGUUACUGGCCCCUACGGACCUUACGGUAAUCAAGGCCCGAAUGCCGUCAUCAUUAACAACAAAUCACCUUCAUCUGGUCCGUCAGCUUCCGCUUCAGCCUCAGCUGCAGCCGCUUCUGGACCACAAGGCCAAAAUAACGGUCCUCUUGGAAACGGACCUGGUUAUGGCGCAGGACAAGGUGGCGUAACUGUCAUCAACGAUAACGGAUCUGGUUCAGGUUCUUCAAGCGCAAGCGCAGCAAGCGCUGCAGCUUCUGGUCCUAACGGAGGAAAUGCUGGCCCAGGUUAUGGCCCUGGUGCUGGUCCCUACGGACCUUACGGUAAACAAGGCCCGAAUGCCGUCAUCAUUAACAACAAAUCACCUUCAUCUGGUCCGUCAGCUUCCGCUUCAGCCUCAGCUGCAGCCGUUUCUGGACCACAAGGCCAAAAUAACGGUCCUCUUGGAAACGGACCCGGUUAUGGCGCAGGACAAGGUGGCGUAACUGUCAUCAACGAUAAUGGAUCUGGUUCAGGUCCUAGCGCAGCCGCUGGUGCAGGUGCUGGAGCAGCCGCUAGUGCAGGUGCAGGAUCAGCUGGUGCCUACGGACUUGGAAAUGGCUUAUACGGACCUGGCUACGGCGCAGGCCCAGGAGUUACUGUCAUCAACGACAACGGAUCUGGUUCAGGUUCUUCAAGCGCAAGCGCAGCAAGCGCUGCAGCUUCUGGUCCUAAUGGAGGAAAUGCUGGCCCAGGUUAUGGUCCUGGUGCAGGACCAGCUGGUGCCUACGGACCUGGAAAUGGUUUAUACGGACCUGGCUACGGCGCAGGGCAAGGAGUUACUGUAAUCAACGACAACGGAUCUGGUUCAGGUUCUUCAAGCGCAAGCGCAGCAAGCGCUGCAGCUUCUGGUCCUAACGGAGGAAAUGCUGGCCCAGGCUAUGGCCCUGGUGCUGGUGCUGGAGCAGCCGCUAGUGCAGGUGCAGGAUCAGCUGGUGCCUACGGACUUGGAAAUGGCUUAUACGGACCUGGCUACGGCGCAGGCCCAGGAGUUACUGUCAUCAACGACAACGGAUCUGGUUCAGGUUCUUCAAGCGCAAGCGCAGCAAGCGCUGCAGCUUCUGGUCCUAAUGGAGGAAAUGCUGGCCCAGGUUAUGGUCCUGGUGCAGGUGCUGCAGCAGCCGCUAGUGCAAGUGCAGGACCAGCUGGUGCCUACGGACCUGGAAAUGGUUUAUACGGACCUGGCUACGGCGCAGGGCAAGGAGUUACUGUAAUCAACGACAACGGAUCUGGUUCAGGUUCUUCAAGCGCAAGCGCAGCAAGCGCUGCAGCUUCUGGUCCUAACGGAGGAAAUGCUGGCCCAGGUUAUGGCCCUGGUGCUGGUCCCUACGGACCUUACGGUAAACAAGGCCCGAAUGCCGUCAUCAUUAACAAUAAAGCACCCUCGUCUGGUCCCGCACCUUCUGGUCCUUCUGGUCCAAAUGGAGGAAAUGCUGGCCCUGGUAAUGGCCCUAGUGCUGGUCCCUACGGACCUUACGGUAAUCAAGGCCCGAAUGCCGUCAUCAUUAACAACAAAUCACCUUCAUCUGGUCCGUCAGCUUCCGCUUCAGCCUCAGCUGCAGCCGCUUCUGGUCCUAAUGGAGGAAAUGCUGGCCCAGGUUAUGGCCCUGGUGCAGGUGCUGGAGCAGCCGCUAGUGCAGGUGCAGGAUCAGCUGGUGCCUACGGACUUGGAAAUGGCUUAUACGGACCUGGCUACGGCGCAGGCCCAGGAGUUACUGUCAUCAACGACAACGGAUCUGGUUCAGGUUCUUCAAGCGCAAGCGCAGCAAGCGCUGCAGCUUCUGGUCCUAAUGGGGGAAAUGCUGGCCCAGGUUAUGGUCCUGGUGCAGGUGCUGCAGCAGCCGCUAGUGCAAGUGCAGGACCAGCUGGUGCCUACGGACCUGGAAAUGGUUUAUACGGACCUGGCUACGGCGCAGGGCAAGGAGUUACUGUAAUCAACGACAACGGAUCUGGUUCAGGUUCUUCAAGCGCAAGCGCAGCAAGCGCUGCAGCUUCUGGUCCUAACGGAGGAAAUGCUGGCCCAGGUUAUGGCCCUGGUGCUGGUCCCUACGGACCUUACGGUAAACAAGGCCCGAAUGCCGUCAUCAUUAACAACAAAUCACCUUCAUCUGGUCCGUCAGCUUCCGCUUCAGCCUCAGCUGCAGCCGCUUCUGGACCACAAGGCCAAAAUAACGGUCCUCUUGGAAACGGACCUGGUUAUGGCGCAGGACAAGGUGGCGUAACUGUCAUCAACGAUAACGGAUCUGGUUCAGGUCCUAGCGCAGCCGCCUCAAGCGCAGCAAGCGCUGCUAGUUCCGGUCCUAAUGGAGGAAAUGCUGGCCCAGGUUAUGGCCCUGGUGCUGGUCCCUACGGACCUUACGGUAAACAAGGCCCGAAUGCCGUCAUCAUUAACAAUAAAGCACCUUCGUCUGGUCCCGGACCUUCUGGUCCUUCUGGUCCAAAUGGAGGAAAUGCUGGCCCAGGUUAUGGCCCUGGUGCAGGUGCUGGAGCAGCCGCUAGUGCAGGUGCAGGAUCAGCUGGUGCCUACGGACUUGGAAAUGGCUUAUACGGACCUGGCUACGGCGCAGGCCCAGGAGUUACUGUCAUCAACGACAACGGAUCUGGUUCAGGUUCUUCAAGCGCAAGCGCAGCAAGCGCUGCAGCUUCUGGUCCUAACGGAGGAAAUGCUGGCCCAGGUUAUGGUCCUGGUGCAGGUGCUGCAGCAGCCGCUAGUGCAAGUGCAGGACCAGCUGGUGCCUACGGACCUGGAAAUGGUUUAUACGGACCUGGAUACGGUGCAGGACAAGGAAUUACUGUCAUCAACGAAAUUGGAUCUGGUUCAGGUUCUUCAAGCGCAAGCGCAGCAAGCGCUGCAGCUUCUGGUCCUAACGGAGGAAAUGCUGGCCCAGGUUAUGGCCCUGGUGCUGGUCCCUACGGACCUUACGGUAAACAAGGCCCGAAUGCCGUCAUCAUUAACAAUAAAGCACCUUCAUCUGGUCCGUCAGCUUCCGCUUCAGCCUCAGCUGCAGCCGCUUCUGGACCACAAGGCCAAAAUAACGGUCCUCUUGGAAACGGACCUGGUUAUGGCGCAGGACAAGGUGGCGUAACUGUCAUCAACGAUAACGGAUCUGGUUCAGGUUCUUCAAGCGCAAGCGCAGCAAGCGCUGCAGCUUCUGGUCCUAACGGAGGAAAUGCUGGCCCAGGUUAUGGUCCUGGUGCAGGUGCUGCAGCAGCCGCUAGUGCAGGUGCAGGACCAGCUGGUGCCUACGGACCUGGAAAUGGUUUAUACGGACCUGGAUACGGUGCAGGACAAGGAAUUACUGUCAUCAACGAAAACGGAUCUGGUUCAGGUUCUUCAAGCGCAAGCGCAGCAAGCGCUGCAGCUUCUGGUCCUAACGGUGGAAAUGCUGGCCCAGGUUAUGGCCCUGGUGCUGGUCCUUACGGACCUUACGGUAAACAAGGCCCGAAUGCCGUCGUCAUUAACAAUAAAUCACCUUCAUCUGGUCCCGGACCUUCUGGUCCUUCUGGUCCAAAUAGAGGAAAUGCUGGUCCUGGUAAUGGCCCUAGUGCUGGUCCCUACGGACCUUACGGUAAUCAAGGCCCGAAUGCCGUCAUCAUUAACAACAAAUCACCUUCAUCUGGUCCGUCAGCUUCCGCUGCAGCCUCAGCUGCAGCCGCUUCUGGGCCACAAGGCCAAAAUAACGGUCCCCUUGGAAACGGACCUGGUAAUGGCGCAGGACAAGGUGGCGUAACUGUCAUCAACGAUAACGGAUCUGGUUCAGGUUCUUCAAGCGCAAGCGCAGCAAGCGCUGCAGCUUCUGGUCCUAACGGAGGAAAUGCUGGCCCAGGUUAUGGUCCUGGUGCAGGUGCUGCAGCAGCCGCUAGUGCAGGUGCAGGACCAGCUGGUGCCUACGGACCUGGAAAUGGUUUAUACGGACCUGGAUACGGUGCAGGACAAGGAAUUACUGUCAUCAACGAAAACGGAUCUGGUUCAGGUUCUUCAAGCGCAAGCGCAGCAAGCGCUGCAGCUUCUGGUCCUAACGGUGGAAAUGCUGGCCCAGGUUAUGGCCCUGGUGCUGGUCCCUACGGACCUUACGGUAAACAAGGCCCGAAUGCCGUCGUCAUUAACAACAAAUCACCUUCAUCUGGUCCGUCACCUUCUGGUCCUUCUGGUCCUUCUGGUCCUAAUGGAGGAAAUGCUGGCCCAGCUAAUGGCCCUGGUGCUGGUCCCUAUGGUCCUUACGGUAAUCAAGGCCCCAAUGUCGUCGUCAUUAACAAUAAAGCACCCUCGUCAGGUCCGGCACCUUCUGGUCCUUCUGGUCCUAAUGGAGGAAAUGCUGGCCCAGUUAAUGGCCCUGGCGCUGGUCCUUAUGGUCCUUACGGUAAACAAGGCCCCAAUGUCAUCGUCAUUAACAAAGAAUCACCUUCAUCCGGUCCGUCACCUUCUGGUCCUUCUGGUCCUAAUGGAGGAAAUGCUGGCCCAGUUAAUGGCCCUGGCGCUGGUCCCUAUGGUCCUUACGGUAAUCAAGGCCCCAAUGUUGUCGUUAUUAACAAAGAAUCACCUUCAUCCGGUCCGUCACCUUCUGGUCCUUCUGGUCCUAAUGGAGGAAAUGCUGGCCCAGUUAAUGGCCCUGGUGCUGGUCCCUAUGGUCCUUACGGUAAUCAAGGCCCCAAUGUCGUCGUCAUUAACAAAGAAUCACCUUCAUCUGGUCCGUCACCUUCUGGUCCUUCUGGUCCUAAUGGAGGAAAUGCUGGCCCAGUUAAUGGCCCUGGUGCUGGUCCCUAUGGUCCAUACGGUAAUCAAGGCCCCAAUGUCGUCGUUAUUAACAAAGAAUCGCCUUCAUCCGGUCCGUCACCUUCUGGUCCUUCUGGUCCUAAUGGAGGAAAUGCUGGCCCAGUUUAUGGUCCUGGUGCUGGUCCCUACGGUCCUUACGGUAAACAAGGCCCCAAUGUCGUCGUUAUUAACAAAGAAUCACCUUCAUCGGGUCCGUCAGCUUCCGCUUCAGCCUCAGCUGUAGUCGCUUCUGGUCCACAAGGCCAAAACUACGGUCCUCUUGGAUACGGACCUGGUUAUGGCGCAGGACAAGGUGGAGUGAUUGUCACCAACGAUAACGGAUCAGGUUCAGGUCCUAGCGCUGGUUCGAAAUCAGUAUCAUCAUCUUCAGCGUCAGGCUCUUCUGUUUCACUUGGCCAAGGAAGAGGCAGGGUCCGUCAAGCAUGUCAACUCAGACGCAGUCAAUACUUUGUCAGAAUUGGCAGGAAGGGUCAGCUUUGCCCCACAUGCUAAUCAAUAUUCAUAAUUUUUCUUUUCAUAUUGAUACGUUUUAUAAUUUCGAAUGAAAUAAAUACUAGCAUUCUAAAA